AUGCAGGGAGCGCACUGAACAUCGCGCGCGUGAGAUCAUUCAAAGUCCCGCAAAGUCUCGCAAAGUGCAGGGGCUACCGCAGCGAAGAUGCCGGUCCGGAGGGGCCAUGUGGCUCCGCAGAACACCUUCCUGGACACCAUCAUCCGGAAAUUCGACAGUCAAUGUCGCAAGUUCGUCAUCGCCAAUGCAAGAGUGGAGAACUGCGCCAUCAUCUUCUGCAAUGAUGGCUUUUGCCACAUGUGUGGUUACUCGCGUGCUGAGAUCAUGCAAAAGCCAUGCACGUGUAACUUCCUGUAUGGACCUGACACCAAGAGAUUGGCCAUCGCACAGAUGGCACAAGCCCUGCUGGGAUCGGAGGAAAGGAAAGUGGAGAUCAACCUUUACCGCAAAGACGGUCAGUGCUUCCUGUGUAUGGUGGACGUGGUGCCAGUGAAGAACGAAGAUGGCGUGGUGAUCAUGUUCAUUCUCAACUUUGAGGGCAUGACUGAUGAAAUACAACUGGCCCGCAAACAGGAACUAAACCACCGCCUGCCCACCUGGCUUGUCACCGGACGUCCACGAGGCUUCAAGCUGCGUCUCCCCAAUCUGCGCUCCUUGUCCAACAGUAAAGUGUCUUUGGACGUCUCAGAGGAGGCUAAAAUCCCCACCGCUACACCCCUGCCGGUACCUUCAGACAACCACAGUCACGAGUCCUUAGGCCUGGGGGAGUACCUUCCUCUUCCUCGUUUGCCACUCAACCACCAGGAUCAUAUCAGUGGAAGCAGGUCAGCUCUACAGAGUUGGCCAGAAGACCGUCAGGAGGACCAGCACACUUUACUGGGCCCUGACCCUCCUAUACGCCCUCAUCCAGCUCCCCAAAGACACCUGGGUCCCGUCGCCCAGUCGUCCCCCUGCGUAGCGCCCCACCACCGCCUCAGCUUAAACCAGGACGCCUCAGGCUCCAAUUGUUCUCUAAGUCACAGCCGCUCGCGGGAGAGCUUUCACAGCAUGCGUCGAGCGUCCUCCGUAGACGAGAUCGAGGCCAUGAGGCCGGACUGGGACAGAAAGAACCGCCACACCAGUUUCCGGCCAGGCAGCACUGGUGCAGUAAACAGUAAGGCGAACAUCUUGAACUCCACGUCGGACUCGGACCUCAUGCGUUACCGCGCCAUUUCCAAAAUCCCGCACAUCACCCUCAACUUUGUGGAUUUCAAAGCUGACCCUCUCAUCGCCCUGCCCUCCGGGGAGAUGGACAUCAUAGCUCCCUGCAAACGAACGCACCACGUCACAGAGAAAGUCACACAGGUGCUGUCUCUAGGUGCAGAUGUGUUGCCCGAGUACAAGCUCCACGCUCCUCGCAUCCACAAGUGGACGGUGUUGCACUACAGCCCGUUCAAGGCGGUGUGGGACUGGCUCAUCCUGCUGCUGGUCAUCUACACCGCCAUCCUGACGCCCUACUCAGCCGCUUUCCUCCUCAACGACCAGGAAGAGGUAGCCAUACAGAACUGCGGUUACUCCUGCUCUCCUCUCACUGUGGUGGAUCUCAUGGUGGAUAUCAUGUUCAUUAUUGACAUCCUCAUCAAUUUCAGGACAACAUAUGUGAACGUCAAUGAUGAGGUGGUGAGCCACCCGGUGCGUAUCGCGGUCCACUACUUUAAGGGCUGGUUCCUCAUCGACAUGGUGGCUGCUAUUCCCUUUGACCUGCUCAUCUACCGCAGCGGAGAGGAGACCACCACUCUAAUUGGUCUACUGAAAACCGCUCGACUCCUGCGAUUGGUGCGUGUGGCCAGGAAGUUGGACCGCUACUCGGAGUAUGGCGCGGCUGUGCUCUUCCUCCUCAUGUGCACCUUCGCCCUCAUCGCUCACUGGCUGGCCUGCAUCUGGUAUGCCAUUGGUAGUGUAGAGAGGAAUGGUUCUAUUGGAUGGCUCCACACGCUGGGGGACCAGUUGGGAAAACCAUUCAACAGCUCCAUCCAAGGUUCAGGACCCACUAUCAAAGACAAGUACGUCACAGCUCUGUACUUCACCUUCAGCAGUCUGACCAGUGUGGGCUUUGGAAAUGUGUCCCCAAACACCAACUCUGAGAAGAUCUUCUCCAUCUGUGUCAUGCUCAUAGGAUCCCUGAUGUACGCCAGCAUCUUUGGGAACGUGUCAGCCAUCAUCCAGCGGCUGUACUCGGGGACGGCCCGCUACCACACCCAGAUGCUGCGAGUCAGGGAGUUUAUCCGCUUCCAUCAGAUCCCCAACCCGCUCCGGCAGAGGCUGGAGGAGUACUUCCAGCACGCCUGGUCCUACACCAACGGCAUCGACAUGAAUGCUGAUGUGAAGCCUUUGUCUCAUGAUGCAUGGUCCGACACCAUCAGAGAAAAUAGGAAAGAUGUGCUGAAAGGUUUCCCCGAGUGUCUCCAGGCAGAUAUUUGCCUCCAUCUGAACCGAACGCUGCUGCAGAACUGUAAAGCUUUUCAAGGCUCCACCAAGGGCUGCCUCAGGGCGCUGGCCAUGAAGUUCAAGACCACCCACGCACCCCCGGGUGACACGCUGGUCCACGCUGGGGACGUCCUCACUGCCCUCUACUUCAUAUCCAGGGGAUCCAUAGAGAUAAUGAGGGGAGACGUGGUGGUAGCCAUCUUAGGGAAGAACGAUAUCUUCGGCGAGCCAAUCAACCUGUAUUCCCGACCCGGUAAAUCCAACGCUGAUGUGCGGGCUCUGACCUACUGCGACCUUCACAAAAUCUUCAGAGAAGACGUUCAGGAGGUGCUGGACAUGUACCCUGAGUUUGCAGACAACUUCUGGAACAACUUGGAAAUCACCUUCAACCUCAGAGAUACCAACAUGAUCCCAGGCUCUCCGAGCAGUGAUGACUCCAACAGUGGAGGAUUCAACAAAUUACGCAGACGCAAGCUUUCAUUUCGAAGACGUACAGAAAAAGAUGAUGCAGAUGCUGGAGAAAGUAAAAAGUCCCAUAAGUCUGUAAGACGAAGACAGAGGGACUCAACCAAAAGUCAAAAACAGGAAGAGGCACCCAAGCGACAAUGGCAGGCACAUCGAAGCUCAGUGUCCUCACACUCCAGUGGUGACGAGGGGGAGGAGCCAAAUAUGAACAGACUCGCCCCACCGCCCGUAAUGAUGGAGACUCCUCAGGCUCAGGCUCAGGCCACGCCCCUGAACUUCGAUGAGAACAUGGAGGGUGAUGGAGAGCCCAAGACAGGGAACACCUGCAACGCCCUGUCAGGUGCCUUCUCAGGUGUGUCCCACAUCUUUAGUUUCUGGGGGGAGAGUCGGGGGGGCGGGCAGUACCAGGAGGUUCCCAGCUGCAGCCUGGCCUCCCCCCCGAACCUCAACACGCCGCUGCACAGCCUGAACCGACAGCAACGCAACCAGGUGGACACACGCUUGGAAAUGCUGCAGAAACAGCUCAACAGGUUGGAGAGUCGCAUGUCAACGGACAUAGGAGCGAUCAUGCAGCUGCUACAGAGACAGAUGGCCCUGGUCCCCCCCGCCUACAGCGCCAUCUCAUCACCACCUCAGGUCUCCCCCUGCCCAGGUCCCGGCCCAGCACCAUGUCCAGGAGAGAGGCUGGUGGAGCCUUUUACUCCUCUAGAGACAGAGAACCUGGCCUCCUUCUCACAGAUCUUGGAUUCCCAGGAAUUUGAAGGGUUUCCGGGCCGGGACUCCCUGCAGCCCCAGGACCCCCCCCUCAUCACUGAGCAGGGCCAGCUCGCCCCCUCCGGACUGGACAGCCUUGAGCUGGGACUGGGCCCAGGUUUGAGGGUAGAUAUAGAGAGUGGGUCAGCAGCGGGGUCCAACUUAGGGUUAGACUUCAGUUUAGGGGUGUGUUUGGGGGCAGCUGGAACACAGGUAUCAUCCCUCGAUUCUGAAACCCAAAGGAGGCUGUCCCUCCAGGAAUCACAGACACCUCUGGACUCACGGACACCACAGAGACACGGCUCUGACCCGGGGGGGAGCUAAGGGAGAGGGAGAGUGGGAUGGAGGGGGGGACACAGAGAGAGGAGGGGUGAUGUUUUGUCCUGCAGUCCCUCCUGUUGGGAGAUGAAAAGGCACCUACUGUACUACCACCAAAACCCAGCUACUGUAUCUACCACUGAUGUUUCACCUCUGACCUCUCGCUCAGAACCAGGCGGGGGGGGGGGGGAAGGGUAAGGCCUCUCUCUGUCUCUCUCUCCCACAAGUCACCCUCACCCUUUCUUCUGAACUCCAUUACAACCUUUAACCAAAACCACAAACAGAGCAGAGAGGAGCUCUGCCUCGUAAUGAACACAGUCAAACCGGACUGAACCGGUCUGGACCUCUGCUGAAGGAGGACACUUCACACACACGAGUGACUGCUACCCUGUAGAUCACAUCCUGUAGAAGAAUCCCUUUACUGCUGUGUCCUAUGUUGGAUGACUGACAAAAACAAGACAUCAACGGACAGAAUAACGACGAAACAAGUAGCCAUUUACGUCUUGCACUGAAAAUCCUAUUGAUAUUAUUCUACUCUAUAUGUCCGUGGCGCUUCCGAUAAACUCACAAACUGGUUGGUAAACUGUAGUGUUAGCUGGCCUAACAGGAAACCUGCUGUCCCGUUCUGUCAUUGGUUCCUCCCCCCUGACGUCCUGCCCCAGGAGGCGGAGCUAACGCUUCCCUCUUCCCAAGAGCGCACUGGAUUGGCUGGUUUGCACCUCAGGGGUGGGAACUGAAGGGUUAAAAGCCAUGAAUUUUUUUUCGAUGAACAUAUCAGCUGCCCUAACACACACAUUGUACAGAUUUGCUAGAGAGUGAAGAACCUAUGGCAUGCUCAGGCCGUAUCACUAACAGGUAAACUGGCAAACUUAGAGGUUUACCACGAGGACAGCGCAACGAAAACAGCUAACUAUUAAUAGUUAAACAAGCAAAACACUAAUUUAACUCAAUGAGUUGUGACAUUAUUGUGAAACAGACAACUUGUGAAAAUAUGAAGACAUAACGCUGGCCAGCUUUCAUUUCUAAACAUCAAAGCACAUGCAUACAGAAAAAAAAGUGAUUAUAGUGUUUCCUAGUGAAUUUGCUACCUCAGAUUUCAUUGAUCCUUACUUUUUCUUUUCACCCUGAAUGCUUUCACCUUGUACAUAGUCUGUCUUGUGAUGCGUAAAUAUACAAUAUAUAAGUUUGCCAGUUUACAACGACCAGCCGAAUGCGCCAUUAUUCUGUGUACAGUACAAUAUGCAAACACUGGCAAAGAAGUGAGUGUGCUUUAAUCUUAUUAUGUGUGUGAUUAGUUCGGGUCUGAAUCUUUUCACGUGUUACAUGUUGGUCCUCGUUUGCAGAGCAUGGCGUUUAGUGCGUUUUGCUUCCACACACUGUAGAGGUUCACUGGAUCCUAACGUCUCUAGGACACGUUUGUUUUCUUUGCCGCAAACUGGUUUAAUGGCUGGUUUAAACGGUACAAUGACAGAUUGAGCGAUUUAAAAUGAGACAGCACAAACAAUACUUUACAACAUAGGUUUUAUAAUACUUAUCCAGAAAUGUCACAAUGAUAAAAGUGAUGCCAGGAUGAAGAAAUUGUACUUCAACACCACCGGUUUUUGGAGUUUAUUCCUGUCAUAUCAUGAUCAGAUGUCCACCAACACACUAAGCUUCUAUAUAAAGCAAAUUAAUUUGUUUAAGGAAUGGAUUUACCUCAGUACGGAAGAGGAUUAGGGCCACAUGAUUCAGUUCUGAGAAGGGUUAGAAUUCUGAGAUUAAAGUCAGUAUUCUGAUGUGGGGAUUUUUUUUUUCACAUCCCCACAUUUUUUUUUUCAUGUGGCCGUAAUCCUCUUCCGUACCUCAGGGCUGACAAAAAGGCACGUUAUAAUAAGAGCAGGUGCAAUGAAAACCUCUAUAGUAAAAAUGUCUGUAAUAUCUUCCACUUCCAUCCGUUUUUUUUAAGUUUGAAGUUGCCAAGAUGAAAAACCCAUAACAUCUUCAAAUGGUCUUCCCUGAUACAAAAUGAUCCGUGUAUUCUCCUGACCUGUACCACACACUGACACGUCCCAACAGAGGAGGGAACGCUGACUGAAGUGCAAUAGUCCUUUAAACAGUUAAGACUUGUAGCAGCUUAACUGCGUCCGUUUAGCACUUUAUUUCUUACAGUGCAGAUGUUUAUAAAGACUCAGGAACGUGUCGUUGAUGUUAGAAGGUUCAUUUUCUGUUGUUUCAGAUUUCAAAACCAAGGAGAACGGAAGGACUUUAACACGGUAACAUUGUAACCUUAACUCGGGUGGAGUUCCCCUUUAAUGAAGAAUUGUGAAGAUUGUACUGCUGCUUGCUGGUCUGAGCUAUUGUAUUUAUUUAUUGUUGAAGGAUUUUUUUGAUUGCCUGUGUUUUAUCAUUUAGUCUUGGGUCAUUAGGUGCAGCAAGUGAAAGCUUUGUGUCCCUCCCCAUGUGUUCUCAAUAAUAAUCCUGAAAUGAACAAGCAUUAUUCACUAUUUAUAAAGUGCUUUGUGACUGGUACACAUGAUUGUCAUAAUAACUUUGAAUAAUUCUGAUCAAUUUGCAAUUGCACACAAAGCCACAUUCAAUACACAUGGCCUGCUUUACCUGUCCCUGUAUAUUCAGCAUCUCUCCUGCACAGUGAUUGGACCGUGUGGCUGCAUGUGAGCAGGUGAUGCCACACUUUGUUAAAGGUGCACUUUAGUAUCCAACCAAAGCAAGAGAAUGCUGUAACACGUGAUCAUUGGUGAUUUUUGAAACAUGUGAAUUGAUUGAUCUGUGAUUUUAAAUUUCAACCAAGGACAUUCUUCAAAGUGACUUAAAAUCAUUGUUGGGGUGUAAUUUAGAUUUUAAACCUAGAGCAUUAUUGUGAAGAUCAGGUUGGUUUGUACACUGUAAAAAUAGAUUAUUGCUACUUUCAGAUCAAUUGUGAUCGUAAUUGAAUCACUGUUGGGGUAAAGUUUAUAGGACCCCCUUUUAAGCAUUCUGUGAAAAUGUCCUUCUUACUACUGAAGCCUCUCUGCUUGUUGUUGUGUUUUACUUUGCUGACACUCAUUACCAUUACUAUGUUUUCAACAGUACUCCCUUCCUGUGGUCACCAAGAACAAGGGCCUAUAACAAAUCAAUCUAAAAAUGUUCCCAACCAGUGAAUAUGUUGUUUUCAUUCUACAGUCCAGUGUUGAGGUGAAAAGCGGGCUCUCCUCCUCGCCAUCACACAUUCUGUAGCGAGAGUUUUGUUACUGUUCAAUAAGUCACCUAGUGGCCCGAACUGUGUCUUUAAAUUCAGACCUAUGACCUCACAACUAGAAUGUGGUUAUUGUCGACUCUCCUUCCUUGUAUGUAGACUUUAGUGGAAUACUCAAUGCUACAGAAUACAUUUAUGUAAUGCAUAAUGCAUAAUAUAACAGUCUGGGGUGCACUUUGAAAACAAAUCAUCUUUACGGGACUGAGUAAUGGGUGGUUUGUGGGCUUGGGGGAGGGGUUUAAUAAGGAGGAUAGUUUUCCCUUUGCAUUUGAAUACACACAAACAUAAAAAACCCAGCGUGCACCGUCACACACACAGACACACACACAUACACACACACCCCUUCCUUAUUGGCUCUUCCACAAUGCUGAGCUUUUUUCAGCCCUGUUCAACUUUCUAUGAGUUCCGACAGACUUGAGUCGUGUAUUUGUAGAUAUUUUGAGCACUUGGGGAGGGGGGGGUUUUGGUAACGUUUACACAACACUGGAUCUGCUCCGUCACUCCUUGCCUGUACAUACCUUCUUCUACUUGUAAAGGAAUCAAGCUCUUUGGCACUCGUAUAGCCAGCACUAUGCAGAAACUGAAACAUUUCUUUGGCAUGCUUUGAAAUGCAAAAUAAUAUAGAGGAAAAUAUACUAAAUAAAUCAAGUCUGCUCUAAUUUCUUAUUAAAAUAAUCACCUUAUUGGGGGGGAAAAAAUAAGUGGAUAAAGCUCUCCAUGGUUAAAAUGGAUAUGAAAUGUGAUUAGGAUGAUGAUGCUAAAUACUUUUAAUAUCGUGCACAUUUUUACUUGCAUGCUGCACUGAGAACCAUCAAGCAAUGCGAAGGUUUGACGUGCAAAGCAGCUGAUUUUCGCUGUAUGCUUGCAAACUGUGUGUAGAGUGAAACACUGAAUUCUUCCAGGUUAUGGGAGAUUUAUAUAUACAUAUAUAUAUACAUACAACUUCCAGAUCAUGGAAGAGAUGGUUACUGAAUAGCUGCAAAUAUAGUGAUACAAUAUUCCAUUGUAUAUUUGUAUCUUUGAUUGUAAUGGAGUGAUGCAUGUGAGGCUGUCCUGGGCAGAACUUUUUCCCACAUAUCUCGGGGCGCUUGAUUUCCCCUGUUUCCACUCCUACCAAUGAAAUCAAGUGAAUAAAAAACUACUUCUGCCCAUCUGACUGAAGACUGACUGUUAUCAACACAUCUGAGUGCAGUUUUUGACCACAUCUUACUUUCUUAUCAGUGCAUGAGGGGUUAAAAUAUGUUAGCAAAAGCAUUUAUUAAACACAUUUUGCUGAAAAGUACUGAGUUAUGUCGCUUAAAAACUCUCACAAAUGUUUUGAAAAUGGUUAAUCUUUUCAGUGAUGUGUACUCUAUUGCAGUCCCUGGAAUAUUACCUGUUGGUUUAUAAUACUGGGCUGGACAAUGCAGUGCUUUAUUCAUAUCAAAUGUUAAAGAUGGGGAAAUGGUGAAGCUUUAGGUUCUGAUUGUGUGAUAGCAUUAUCAACGGUUGAACUUUAUAACAUUUCAAUAAUAUUUCUUUCAAUAAACCUCUUUGAA